AUGCGUGAUAUAAUGUCUUAUGAUGGUGUCGAUAAUACAGACAAACCAUUUGGGGGAGUUACUGUCGUUUUGGGCGGUGAUUUCAGACAAAUUUUGUCAGUGAUCGGAAGAGGUAACAGAGAGGACAUACUUGCUUCGUCCGUCAACUCAUCAAAGUUGUGGAGUCACUGUAAGGUUCUCACACUUAUAACAAAUAUGCGUUUAUGUUCUUCAACUGUUCGUUCUAAACGAGUUGAGAUUAGAAAGUUUGCUGAGUGGAUACUUUCGAUUGGAGAUGGAAUAGGAUCUGCCAACGAGAGUGGAGAAAUCAACGUACCCAUUCCUGAUGAGUUGCUGAUAAAAGAUUCCUCUGAUCCAUUGUGUUCUCUGGUUGAUUUUGUAUAUCCGAAUUUUUUGCAGAACAUGAAGAUCUCAAAUUUUUUCGAAGAGCGAGGGAUACUUGCUCCCACACUUGAAGAUGUUGACCACGUAAACGAAUUCCUUCUGUCAUUGGUUCCAGGAGACGAAAAGGAAUAUAUCAGUUCUGAUUCGGUCUGCAAAUCAGAUGAUAAUAGUGAGGUACAAAGCGAAUGGUUUACCACCGAAUUCUUAAACGAUAUCAAGUGUUCCGGUAUUCCAAACCAUAAAUUGAUAUUUAAAGUUGGAUGUCCAGUUAUGUUGAUGAGGAAUAUUGACCAGGCAGCUGGAUUGUGCAAUGGGACUAGGUUGAUUGUAGACAAUCUUGGGAAGAACUUUAUUGGUGCAACUGUUAUUACCGGAAAGAAUACUGGUGAAAAGGUAAUUAUUCCAAGAAUGAACUUAGUUCCGAGUGAUCCUGGACUACCUUUCAAAUUUACUAGAAGACAGAUCCCGUUGGCGUUGUGUUUUGCAAUGACAAUAAAUAAAAGUCAGGGUCAGUCGUUGUCUCAUGUUGGAAUCUAUCUUUCCAAACCAGUUUUUACUCAUGGACAGUUGUACGUUGCUGUGUCGAGAGUCACUUCCAAAAAGGGAUUGAAAAUGCUUAUUCUAGAUGAAGAAAACCAUGUGUGUACUGAGACCACUAAUGUUGUGUACCGUGAUGUUUUUCGGAACGUUUAA